AGACCACUGCAAGAAGAAGGAAGGGAAAAGAGACUAGACCAGUGUCUAAGCUGAGCUCUACUCAAGGUUCUACUGCUAACUGUGUGGGUGACCUUGGGCAACAGGUCAAGGUCUCUCAACAAGGCCACAAUCCAAAUGUUGGCUGAGGCAUUGUCUUCAAGCUCAACUGGGGAAGGAUCUGCUUUCAAGUUUAUUCACACGGUUGUUGACAGGAUUCUGCCCGCCCUGGCUGUUGACUGGAGGCUGCUCCCAGUUCUUUGCCAUAAGGGCUUCCCAAUCAGACAGGUCGUAACAUGGCAGCCGGUUUUCUCAGAGCAAGGAGCAAGAAGAGCCAGAGAGAGACGGCAAAAGCAAGAGGGAAGACAGUCUUUGCCACCUCAUCUUAUAACUUUUGCUGUAUUAUAUUCAUUUGAGGUGAGGCCAGCCCACACUCUGGAGAAGGGGAUAUCUAUCACAAGGGCGUGAACCAGGAGGUGGGAACAUGGGGCCAUGUUAGAAGCUGUCUAAUGCACCCCAAUAUGUGUCCUGUGCUCUCAUCACAAAACCACCAACACUAGCCAAGAAUGAAAACCAAUGCUUUGCAACCCAGGUCUUAUAUCUGUUCAUGAAUUUGCUCAUUCAGGAAGUCUUUAUUCUGUUCCUACUGUGAACCAGGUAGGAACCCAAGGGCUGGAGAUAGAACAGUGAAAAGGAGACAAAGACCCUUUUGCCUGAGAGCAAACAUCUAGUGGAAAAGGAGACAGGAAACGAACCACGUGCAUAGUGUGACGGAGGGUGAGGAGUCAGGGGCACAGUGGGUGUCUUUGGGGGUGAGGCUGUCUCAUACAUGAGACAGAAGGUCUGGGUGAAAGCUGGCCUUUGAGCAAAGACGUGAAGGACGUGUGGGAGCCACCAUGAGAAUAUUUGGAGAAGGAGCGUCCUUGACAACGGAGACAGCAAGUGCCAAGGUGGGUGAUGGAUUCAGGGAACAAGGGGUUCAGUGCGGCUGGAGCAGAGGGAGCAAGGGAAGAAAGCAGUUGGAGGUGAGGCCCAACAGGCAACCAGGAGCCAGAUCUUACAGGGCCUUGUAGGUCCUUAAGAGGAUUUUGAAUUUUAUUCCAAGAUGGGAGCCACUGAGGAACGUCCCCCUAAAAAAAAGCCACCUAACAUCUAGUAGUUACAAAAAAAAUUAUCCCCCUCCUUUGUAAUCUCAAGAUAUUAUUUCUGUUGUAUGUUAUAGGGAGGUAUUGCUUUAAUAUAGCUGUAUUUCUGAUACUUAUAUAUCAGAAUAAUAUAUAUACUAAUUAUAUAUAUACUAAUACUUAUAGCAUUACUAAUACUUAUAGUACACUAAUAAUUCAUAUUUGUACCUCAUUGAUCCCACAUUGUCUAAGUAUUUUUUUAAGUUUAUUUAUUUAUUUUUGAAAGAGAGAGAGCACAGGCAUGAGCGGGGGAGGAGCAGAGAGAGAGGGAGAGAGAAACAAUCCCAAGCAGGCCCCACAACGUCAGCACUGAGCCCGAUGUGGGGCUUGAACUCACGAACCAUGAUAUCAUGACCUGAGCUGAAAUCAAAAGUUAGAUGCUUAACUGACUAAGCCACCCAGGCGCCCCCCCCCCCCCAACCCCGCCAACUUUCUAAUUCUUACUUUAAAAGAUAAUACCUGAAAGCCUUGGGUGUUUGAAACUGCUUUGUCCCCAGAUAAGGAAAAAGAAAUCAAAUAAAACAAUUUCUGGGAAACUCAGGUCCAUUGCUUGCCUGAAGUCAAACAGCCUCCAAGAGCCAAGGCUGGGACCCAGGUCACAGUGACUUAUUAACCGCACAAAACCCGCCUCCACCUAGCAGACCCUCCCCCGACUGCAUGAAAGGGUAUGUUGUAAAGCAUGCCCCUUGAACCAUAAGUAAGGCAGUGCCUUAGGAACUGCCUGGCCCUCGGGGAAGUGGUUGCUGAUGAACAGCCACACUGGGUGGCUCAGUGGGUUGAGCCCACUUCGGCUCAGGUCAUGAUUUCAUAGUUCAUGAGUUCAAACCCUGCAUUGGACUCGCUGUGUCGGUGUGGAGCCUGUAUCAGAUCCUCUGUCCCCCUCUCCCUCUGCCCCUCCCCUGCUGGCUCUUUUUCUCUCUCUCUCUCUCUAAAAUAAACAUUAAAAAAAAAAAAAAAAGCCAGCCAGGAGGUGGUCUGAGCAGGUGUCUGAAGUCCCAGGAGGAAGGCCCGUUUAUACUCGCUCACUCACCAGCCAAGCUCCUGAUCUAAUGGCCCAGGAUCGUGGGAAAGGGCACUUGGACAUCACUGCCUUCACUGCACCCCCAGCCCCAAGCGUCUCAUACUGGCGGUGCCAGCUAGAAAUCACCUUCACACACCUUGCAGGGUCUAGACUAGUUAGAUAAGCGUUUGGAAAUUAGUUCCCUCAGGGAGAGACAGGUCAGCAAAAGUGGUUAGGAGUGGCUGGGAGGGAGGGGAGGGCCGACUGGUUUACAAAGAGAAGCAUAUAUAAGAGAAAUGAGAGAAACACUCCACUUUCAAACACUAGGAUUUGGGCCCGGGACCCAUAGACAGGACAAGAAGAGAGUGGGAUGGCCUGGUACAUCCUCUACCUCCUGAACCUUCUCUGGGCUGUGGCUGGGACCAGCACCCAAACCCAGGGCUCAUGUUCUGUCCCCCCAGCACAGCAGCCCUUGGUUAAUGGCAUACAAGUGCUCAUGGAGAACUCUGUGACCAGCUCAGCCUUCCCAAACCCCAGCAUCCUGAUCGCCAUGAAUCUAGCCGGAGCCUACAAUGUGGAGGCCCAGAAGCUCCUGACUUACAAGCUCAUGGCCAAUGACAUAGCCGACCUGACCAUUGGCCAGCUCGCCCUUACUGUCAUGGCCCUCACCUCCUCCUGCCGAGACCCUGGGAAUAAAGUUUCGAUUCUACACAGACAAAUGGAAAACUGGGCUCCUUCAAGCCCCAAUGCUCAGUCUUCGACCUUCUACGGGCCCAGUCUGGCAGUCCUGGCACUGUGCCAGAAGAACCCUGAGACAACCUUACCCAUAGCAGUCCGCUUUGCCAAGAUCCUGCUGGCCAAUUCCUCCCCCUUCAACAUGGACACGGGAGCAAUGGUGACCUUGGCUCUGACUUGUAUGUACAACAAGAUCCCAGUAGGUUCAGAGGAAGGUUACAGAAGUCUGUUUGGUCAGGUACUAGAGGACGUCGCAGAGAAUAUUAGCAUGAGGAUCAAAGACAAUGGCAUCAUUGGAGACAUCUACAGUACUGGCCUUGCCAUGCAGGCUCUCUCCGUGACACCUAAGCACCCUCCCAAGAAGUGGAACUGCAAGAAGACCAUGGACACAAUACUUAAGGAGAUUGAGCUGGGGAAAUUCCACAAUCCCAUGUCCAUUGCCCAAAUCCUCCCUUCCCUGAAAGGCAAGACAUACCUAGAUGUGCCCCAUGUGUCAUGUAUCCCUGGUCAUGAAGGGCAACCAACCCUCCCCAACCAAACCAACCCUGCUCCCACCUCAGCAUCCAACAUCACCGUCAUAUACACCAUCAAUAACCAGCUGAGGGGGGUGGAGCUGCACUUCAAUGAGACCAUCAAUGUCAGUGUGAAAGCUGGAUCGGUGCUACUUGUUGUCCUAGAGGAAGCCCAGCGCAGAAGCUCCAUGUUCAAAUUUGAAACCACAAUGACAUCUUGGGGCCUUGUUGUCUCCUCCAUCAAUAAUAUUGCUGAAAAUGUUCAUCAUAGGACCUACUGGCAAUUCCUUAGUGGCAAAACACCUUUGGAUGAAGGCGUUGCUGACUACAUACCCUUCAACCAUGAGCACAUCACAGCCAAUUUCACACGGUACUAAGGACGAAGUGGCUUCAGGUUCUCUCAAACACCUUCAAAGGAUGAUGGAAUUUUUGUUCAUUUCAUUUCAAAUCUACACCAAAAGGUGGAAAUCUACAAUGCUCCCAUAUUCCUGGUAAAAAAAACAUGGAAAACACUGUGUAGAAUAAAUGAUUCAAACUUCCCUAGAGUCUCAACAUCUGUGACCCGUGAAAAAACGUCCAGCUUCUCAAGGCACUGACUGCCAGUCAUAAUUUAAACCUAGGGUAAGAGGAGAAGAGAGAGCCCAGUUGAUAUUUUUAGAGUUCAUUCUGAUCUUGGUUAAUUAACCAACACAUUCCUUUAUUUCUACAAAUGAAAUGAUAUAUUUUUUAAAUCUCCUAUUUUUUUUUUCUUAUACCAAGUUCUACUUUUCAAAUCACUUAGUGAAAUGGCCAAAAUUAUUUCAUAUGAGUCUCCCAUACAACUAAGUAAAUGAUGAUGUACUUCUCCCCUUCCAUUCCUAAUAUUGAUUCUUGGCAAAAUUAAGUUAAAAAUGUAUAUUUUUAUAUAAUAUAUAUAUAAAUACAUAUUUAAUAUAUAAUUU